CUGGGACAACUACACAGCACAGCUCUCACUGGACACACAGAGUGUGAAAGGGCGUGUGAAAGAGAGUGUGUGUGAGAGGGAGAGAGAGAGAGAAAGAGUCGCGACUUGCAAGGCAUGUUGGAUGGUUGUUGUUGCUGCUGUUGUGUGUUUGAUGUAUGCUUGAAUGUUGCAUUUAUGAUAGUGGAAGUUGGUCUGUUUAGACAGUUAAUGUUGAUUGUGUAUGUGAUGACGAAUAUGUGUGUGUGUGUGUGUGUGGUGGGGGGGGGGGGGGGGAGACCUGAGGUGUGUAUGAGCUGCUGUGUGUUUGAGGUGUGUGUUUGAUGGUGCUGGAUAGCUGGGGUGUUGGUGCUAUGUAUCGGCGUUCGCCCUGUCACAGAAGCAGGGUCCACUUUGACUUCAGCGAGGAAGUCAUCAAGAGACUCCAUACUUCCAGCCACACUCACAGCUUUGACGUGGAGAAUGGCCCAUCAGCCAGCUGCAGUCCGUUGGACCCUUCAGCGUCUCCCGGGUCUGGCCUGGUCCUACACACCAACUUCCCUGGACACAACCAGCGCAGAGAGUCCUUCCUCUACCGCUCGGACAGUGACUACGAACUCUCGCCCAAAUCCAUGUCCCGAAACUCCUCCAUCGCAUCUGAACUACAUGGUGAUGACCUGAUAGUAACGCCUUUUGCUCAGGUCCUCGCAAGCCUUCGAAGCGUAAGAAAUAACUUCACAGUCCUGACCAAUGUCCAAUGUGCUUCCAACAAUGCAGAACAUCCUCCUCUAGAAUCAGACUGGGAUUCAGACUGGGAAUCAGACUGGGACUCAGACUGGGACUCAGACUGGGACUCAGACUGGGACUCAGACUGGGACUCAGACUGGGACUCAGACUGGGCGUCAGACUCAGACUGGGACUCAGACUGGGACUCAGACUGGGACUCAGACUGGGACUCAGACUGGGACUCAGACUUGAACGCAUAG